ACUUCUGUUUUCCUUUCUCAAUUUAGAGAAGUCAUUCAAAAUUCGAAAGAAGUGCUGAAUUUAUUGCAAGAAAAAAACCCUACCUUUCAGCCGGUUCUGGUUAUCAUUCAGACAGGAGAUGACAACUUGAUGCAGGAAGUCAACCAGAAUUUGGCUGAGGAGGCUGGUCUGAACAUCAGUCACAUCUGCCUUCCUCCAGACAGCAGCGAGGAUGAGAUUAUAGAUGAAAUCUUGAAGAUUAAUGAAGACAACAGAGUACAUGGCCUUGCCCUUCAGGUCUCUGAGGACUUAUUUAGCAACAAAAUCCUCAAUGCCUUAAAACCAGAGAAAGAUGUAGAUGGAGUGACUGAUAUCAACCUGGGGAAGCUGGUACGUGGGGAUGCCCAUGAAUGUUUCGUCUCACCUGUUGCCAGAGCUGUGAUUGAACUUCUUGGAAAAUCAGGUGUCAGCUUAGAUGGAAAGAAGGUCUUGGUGAUAGGGGCUCAUGGAUCUUUGGAGGCUGCACUUCAAUGCCUGUUCCAGAGAAAAGGGUCCAUGACAAUGAUCUCCCAGUGGAAGACACCCCAGCUUCAAAGCAAGCUUCAAGAGGCUGACAUUGUGGUCUUGGGCUCACCUAAGCCAGAAGAGAUUCCGCUGUCUUGGAUCCAGCCAGGAACCACUGUUCUCAACUGCUUCCACGACUUCCUGUCAGGGAAGCUUAGAUGUAGUUCUCCAGAGGUACAUGUUAAUGGGCUCAUUGCAGAAGAUGAUGUGGGUCUGCUCGCUGCAGCUCUGCGGAUUCAGAACAUGGUCAACAGUGGAAGGAGGUGGCUUCGCGAGCAGCAGCACCGGAGGUGGAGGCUCCACUGCUUGAAGCUGCAGCCGCUGUCCCCUGUUCCAAGUGAUAUCGAGAUUUCAAGAGGACAGACUCCAAAAGCUGUGGAUGUCCUUGCCAAGGAGAUAGGAUUGCUUGCAGAUGAAAUUGAGAUCUAUGGCAAAAGCAAAGCCAAAGUACGUUUGUCCCUGCUGGAAAGGCUGAGGGAUCAAGCAGAUGGAAAAUACGUCUUGGUUGCUGGGAUCACGCCCACCCCUCUUGGAGAAGGGAAGAGCACAGUCACCAUCGGGCUGGUGCAGGCGCUGACCGCACACCUGCACGUCAACUCCUUUGCCUGUCUGAGGCAGCCUUCCCAGGGGCCGACUUUUGGAGUGAAAGGAGGAGCUGCAGGUGGCGGAUACGCACAGGUCAUCCCCAUGGAGGAGUUCAACCUGCACUUAACUGGGGACAUCCACGCCAUUACUGCUGCCAAUAACUUGCUGGCCGCUGCCAUCGACACAAGGAUCUUGCAUGAAAACACUCAAACCGAUAAGGCUCUUUAUAACCGUCUGGUCCCUUCAGUGAAUGGUGUCAGAGAAUUUUCAGAAAUUCAACUUGCUCGGCUGAAGAAACUGGGGAUAAAUAAGACUGACCCAGGCACACUGACGGAAGAGGAAGUGAGUAAAUUCGCCCGUCUCAACAUCGACCCCAGUACCAUCACGUGGCAGAGAGUAUUGGAUACCAAUGACCGAUUUCUGCGAAAAAUAACCAUCGGGCAGGCCAGCACGGAGAAGGGAUAUUCCCGGCAGGUAGGUGGCGCUGUCUUCCCGGAAGUGGCCCUGUUUGGGUCACUUGGAUUGAUUCCCUCGCUCUCUGCUUUUCUGCCUCUUCCCUUCCCUUCUCGCCCACCUCCCUGUGGUGGCAGGGGCUCUCCUGCUUCUUCGGGAUGCAGGACUGAGAGAGCCUGGGGGCAGGUGAUGCAUCUGCAUCACCACAGAAGAAUGAAAAUCUCAGACACUGGGGUGACAGGUGCUUUGACAGUUUUGAUGAAAGAUGCGAUAAAACCAAAUCUGAUGCAGACCCUGGAAGGGACACCUGUGUUUGUGCAUGCCGGCCCCUUUGCUAACAUCGCCCACGGCAACUCUUCAGUGUUAGCUGACAAAAUUGCCCUGAAACUGGUUGGUGAAGAAGGAUUCGUAGUGACUGAAGCUGGCUUUGGGGCUGAUAUUGGGAUGGAGAAAUUCUUCAACAUCAAAUGCCGAGCUUCUGGCCUGGUGCCCAACGUGGUGGUGCUGGUGGCCACUGUGCGAGCUCUGAAGAUGCACGGAGGCGGACCGAGCGUAACUGCUGGUGUCCCUCUAAAGAAAGAAUAUACAGAGGAGAACAUCCAGCUAGUGGCCGACGGCUGCUGUAACCUCCAGAAACAAAUUCAGAUCGCUCAGCUCUUUGGGGUGCCUGUCGUGGUGGCACUGAAUGUCUUCAAGACCGACACCCGCGCCGAGAUUGACUUGGUGUGUGAGCUGGCCAAGCGGGCUGGCGCCUUUGAUGCGGUCCCCUGCUAUCACUGGUCGGUUGGUGGAAAAGGGUCGGUGGACCUGGCUCGGGCCGUGAGAGAUGCUGCGAAUAAAGGAAGCCAUUUCCAGUUCCUGUAUGACGUUCAGCUUCCAAUCGUGCAAAAGAUAAGAACCAUUGCCCAGGCCGUGUAUGGAGCCAAGGAUAUCGAACUCUCUCCUGAGGCACAAUCCAAAAUAGAUCGUUACACUCAACAGGGUUUUGGGAAUUUGCCCAUCUGCAUGGCCAAGACCCACCUUUCUCUGUCUCACCAACCUGAAAAGAAAGGCGUGCCGAGGGAUUUCAUUCUACCUAUCAGCGACGUCCGGGCCAGCAUAGGUGCUGGGUUUAUUUACCCUUUGGUGGGAACGAUGAGCACGAUGCCAGGGCUUCCCACUCGGCCCUGCUUUUAUGACAUAGACCUGGACACAGAAACAGAGCAAGUGAAAGGUUUGUUCUAACGGCAGGAGACCUCCCAGGACCACUCGAGAUUCCUCAAACAAGACUCAUUGCCUUUUUGCUGCAGUUGGAGAAAAAAGUAAAUUUGAAAUAUGCCCGUUACGCAAUGUCGGGGAAAUGAUGAAAUAGGCCAAAGACUUCUCCGUUCAUGAGGAAUUCUGUUUGCAGCAGAGGACCUCCAGCAAGUCUGAAAGAAACGAAUUUACUUUCUGCUUCUGCAGAGUUUACAUUAUUUUCCGCUGCUUAUACUUAGAGUGUUUAUUUUCUGAGGACUAAGGGAUGGCAAGAGUGUGAACUGAAAGGUACAUUUUCCACUACAGAGUUUCUUAUUUUGUCCCCUUUUUUUCCAGUGCUGGGGAUAGAGCCCAGGGUCUCAUGCAUGCUAGGCAAGUGCUCUGCCACUGAGCUACACCCCCCGUUUUGUCUUUGAGCUGAAAAUAAACAUAUCUAGAAAAAUAA